AUGAGCAGCUCCUUCAACUCCACCACCACUCCCAACUUCGAUAAUCUCCUCCUCCAGUCCCUUAUGGGCCGCCUCCAAAUCCGACCCCCAAGUCUCCACACUCCUCUAACCCCAAUGCCGCCUUUUCUCAGCCCUCAAUCCCUCGAAGACCUUCUCUUUUCCGAUACCUUCCUCAACCUCUCCGACUCCGAUUCCGAAAACGAAUCCGACAGGACCCAGCUGGCAAAGGAAGAGUCCAGACUUGAAAAGGAGAUCAUCCGCACUAUUCUCAGUGGGGAAAGUGAAAAAUUGAAGCCAAAUUCGGGUCAAGCUGUGACAAUCGGGGAGCAUCACAUUUGUGUCGGGUUUCAUGAGGAGACCGAGUCGGAUUAUCGGGUCUGGGAGUGGCACGGGCAUAUCAUGUUGUUUGAUGAGGAGAAUGGGUAUACCCCGGAGUAUAUUUAUGGGAAUUAUUUUGAGAGAUUGAAUCCGACGAAGAGGCGUAUGGAGAUAAAGAAGGAAAGGGACGAUGAUGACUUGAAGGAGGAGGAUGGAAAAGGGGAGGAAAAAGAGGAGGAGAAGGUGGGAAAUAUGGGGUUGAGGGACCUGAUUGAGUCCUCGGAAAUGGGUACCAACCGGAUUCUUCAUCGGAAUUUGAAUGCUAAUUCUGCAUCUCCAGGUUUUAGUUGA